ACCUGAUUGAUGAAGGCUUCCUUCUUCAUUCUUGAGUCAAAUUAGGAAGCUUCUAUCAACUGAAACACAGAAUCCUGAAUCAGUCAGGGUUUUUCAAGUCCCUCUAUAAAAGGAUUUGUGGAGGCAAGAUUCUACACACCUUGCUUUUACUCAUCAAGCAUUACAGUUUUACACACACACAGAGACUCGAUCGAAACAAUUCACUCGAGAAAUUCAGCAUGUCUUUGAGAACGAUGAACCACCACAACCCCAUAACCAGUAAUGUUUCCGUUUCAGAUCGUCAAAAUUACGGUACAUUAAAUGUUCACUGUCACAUAUAUCGGCUUCUUCAAGUACGGAUCCCGAUGGAUGAUCAAUACUGGGAGAGUCCUGUGCCGGAAGCAACCAGAGAGGAGACUGUUUCUAUGGAAAUACCCACAUCCGAUUUGUUAAGGGGUUCUUUCGACAAUCUGCCUUGUCUGGUUUGCAACUCUUAUCUUCUUUCUGAGCGACGAAUUCUACAGGCCUUCCAUUCAGAAAUCACACGGGAUUACUACACGGUAGCUGCUCUCUUAGCUAGACGCGAGUUGCCCUUACUCAACGACGGAGAAUGGAAUAAUUCAAGAAUAUCGAUCCCUGUGCGUCUAGUGAACAUGGACACUCGAGUGGUUACUUACGAGGAAUACGAAGAGAUAAUCAGGAGGUCAGUAGAAGAAUCGAUGGCUUAUGAUGAGACGUUCACGCCGGCUACUGGGUCUCCGAUUGAAGCAGGGGAGACUGUGGAAUUAUGCGGUGCAGAGGAUGAGAAGUGUUGCAUAUGUCUGGAGGAAUUUGAGGGUGGAGUUAAAGUGGGUCGUCUGCCUUGCUCCCAUGUUUUUCAUGGUGAUUGUAUUGAUCAAUGGUUGAAGAGGAGUCCGACGUGCCCGUUGUGUCGCUUUGUCCUUCCAUGCCAUCAAGAUUGAAUCUUGAAUAUGUAGUUUCUUUCUUCUUUCUUUUGCGAUUACAGUGAAUGUCAUAGAUAUUGUUACCUGAUAUUGACUACUUUUUAAAUUCAAUUUCUUUGUAAAUUCAGAAGAAAUCUUAUCACAGGUUUUUCUUUUA